GUCCCACAGGGCCCGGACCUGGUUUAUCCCGGUUCAGGCCUUGGUUCAGACCCGAUGCCGUCCUGGUUUACACCGUGGUUCAGAUCUGGUUUAGUCCUGGUGCCACCCGCGGUGUAGUCCUGGUUCUGAUACCGCCAUGCCUGACCCACUCUUGGAUUCGGGGCAGGACUCAGUGAACCAGGAUUCGGGUCAGCCAGACUCGGUGGACCAGGACUCGGGAUGGUCCAUUUCGUUCGCGGGCUGCGGCUUCAUGGGGGUGUACUACAUUGGAGCGGCGGCGUGUCUGCUCCAGCGGUGUCCGGAGCUAGUGCGCCGGGCCGCCCGCCUCUACGGCUCCUCCGCGGGGGCCCUGCUCGCGGCCAUCCUCACCGUAGGCAUACCUCUCGAUGAGGUGUGUACAGAACUCAUGUCCUUGGCUCGUGGGGCCCGUGCACACAUUGGGCCCCUGCACCCCAACUUUAACCUGAUGCAGCAUGUGCACAACUUCCUCGUGCGUACUCUCCCUGUAGACGCUCACAGGCAUGCGUCUGGCCGCCUCUUCCUCUCCGUGACCCGCGUCUCAGAUGGAAGGAACCAACUACUGUCUGAAUUCAACAGCAAUGAGGAACUGAUACAGGCUCUGAUCUGCAGUUGCUUUGUCCCGUUUUACUGUGGAGUUUUUCCCCCCAAAUACAGAGGAGUGCGUUAUGUAGAUGGAGCAGUGAGUGAUAACCUGCCACAUUGUGACCAGAAGAGAACCAUCACCAUCAGUCCUUAUGCAGGAGAGAGUGACGUGUGCCCCAAACCACAGGGACAGCUGUACAUGAGCCAGGUUCUGUUCAACAACAUGAGCAUUGAAGUGAAUCCAGAAAACCUGUACAGAGUCACCAGCACCUUCUUCCCCCCAGAACCUCAGGUUUUGGCUGAGAUUUGUCAGAGCGGGUUUGUGGAUGCUCUGAGAUUUCUACAGGAAAAUGGUUUAGUGAACGAUGACAACCCUCUGCAGCCGAGCAACCUGCGGGAGCCAUGUUGUGAAUGGGAACAUGUGUUUCAGCCAGACAACCGAUCAGCUGAGAGAGAAAUGCAAACAAGCCAAUCAGAACUAACAAGAGAAGUGACCGACAAUUCAGAGCACACAAAACUCAAGCCUCACUUGUGGCUGGACCCAAGAGUCACAGAGAAACUGCCCCCAGAAAUUAGGACAGUUUUGUGUGAAUCAUGCAGACUCUCUCUCCCCUCCUCCGGGUUCCUCUCUCAGGUGAAGUCCUACCUGCGUCUGCCUAAGCCCCACCCCCUUCGCUCGCCCUGGACCAUGGCUCACAGAUUGGUGGAGUGGCUGCCUGACACGCCCACAGACCUGAGCUGGCUCUACUCUGUGUUCAGUCCCAUAUGGAGAGAGGAGGAAGAGGAGCAGGAGCUAAUGAUCAGUGAGGUUCCUCUUCGUCGCUGCAAAAGUCUCCCAUCUGGACUCGGUCUGUGUAACUGCAGCGAAAGUACACAAUCUGCCUCCAAAAACAUCCAGCUAAAUAUAAACAAAAAUAUCCACAAACAUUUGCAGAGUAACACCUUUAAACCCAAAACCAAACCAGCUGACUUAACCCCGCCCUCUGCCUUCACCUGGGACCAAUCAAACGUGUUCUUGCCCCUGACCCCGCCCCCCACCCCAGUGCAUAGCCCCGCCAUCAGCCCAAGUGCAUCGUGGGGCUUCGGUUUGGGCCGAGCAGUGGACUGGAUCCGGACCAUCAGGAGCACAGCGUCUCCUACAUGAGAGAGAGCGCACUGCAAUAAAUGACCUGUUAAAGCAAAAA